UGUCUCUGCUGACAUUUGGCCCCUUACUCACUCACUCACUUACUCAUUCACUCAUUCACUCACUCAGCCUCAUGUCAGGCCGCAGAGUCGGCUUCUGUCUCAGCGACAAGAAACGCAGGAGGAUGAACCUGGACGCAUUUGCAGAGUUCUGUGCGGUCCAUGGAGUGGAAGUGGUGGAGAUUGACCUCACUCAGCCGCUGAUACCCCAGGGACCUUUCAAUGUCAUCGUUCACAAGUUGUCUGAUGUCAUCGUGGAGGCUGAGCACGACAGCCAAUCACAGCAGCUGCUCAACAACUUCCAGAGCUAUGUGUCGACUCAUCCUGGUACAGUUCUUCUGGACCCUCUGCCUGCGAUGAGCCGGCUCCUGGACAGAUUUGCCUCUUACAGGAUUAUGAGCGAGCUGCACAACUCACUCCGAGACUGGCAUAUCUGCAGUCCUCCUUACCUAGAGGUCCCCAGUGCCGCUGACCUGUCGUCCAUCAAACAGGCUGUGACGGCUCAGGGCCUCAGCUUUCCUCUCAUCUGCAAAACUAGAGUGGCACAUGGCUCACUUUCCCAUGAGAUGUCUCUGAUCUUCAGUGCCAGCAGUCUGGCUGAUAUCCAUCCUCCCUGUGUGCUCCAGAGCUUCGUCAACCAUGGAGCGGUUCUGCACAAGGUCUUCGUGGUGGGAGACAAACACUUCUGCGUAGAGAGACCCUCCCUAAAGAACUUCCCCUCAGGUCCCUGUGACAGGAAAACCAUCUUCUUCAACAGCCACCAGGUGUCCAAGCCAGAGUCAAGCUCCGAUCUCACAGCUCUGGACGAGCAGAUGCCGUGCCUGCCUCCUCUCAGCUCCCAGGCCGUGGCCACGCUGGUCAGAGAGCUCCAGGUUCAGCUGGGCAUGGCCCUGUUCGGCGUGGACAUCAUCAUCAACAUACACACACACACCCUGACUGUCAUCGACAUCAACAUCUUCCCAGGGUACGAGGGAGUGCCACAGUUUUUCUCCUCCUUGCUCAGCCACAUCAAGACAGUGUUAGACAAACAGACCUCCGCCUGCCCCCGGGCCACCAGCUCUCCUCAGACAACACAGACUGCAGGUGGUUCCUCUGCCGGCCUUUAAACUGCCUUGGGAGCAGAUCUUCAUGUGUGAGAUCAAACAAAAGUCACCGGCACAAGCUUUCUUCUUUUUUUUUUUUUGGUGUUUA